GAAACUCUGAAACAUGAAAAAAAAGAUCCGUAGAUACAUCUAGAAAAUAUAGGGUUAGAAGAAGAAGUGCGGAAUCGUGUUUCGGCUUUGGAAUAUUGAACAUCUCAAACCCUAUAAAUUGUGUGCCGGACAGUUGAAAUACAAAAUGAGUGUGUCACACAAUGAGGACCUCCUCAGGCUUCCCCUUGAAGUGGAGAUUAAAAACACUUUGGGCGAUGGAUCCUAAUUCAGCUGCUGGACUAGAUGGUUACAAUGUUUUCUUCUUUAAGCACUGCUGGGACAUCAUAAAAAAGGAACUUAUCUCAGCCUGCCAAGAAGUCUGGUUGGGAACUCCAUUACCUGAUGCUGCCACUUCAUCCAACCUUGUCCUCAUUCCCAAGGUGGAUAAUCCCAGCAGUGUACAUGACUUUAGACCUAUUUGCUUGUCCACUGUGGCAAUCAAACUGGCCUCAAAAUGUCUUGCAAACAGGCUGUCUAAGUUAUUACCCAUCCUCAUCUCAGAAGAACAGGGUGCAUACAUGAUGGGCAAAGAUAUUAGUGAACAGAUACUUCUCACAAAGGAAAUGGUUCACAAUCUUGAUAUAAAGGCUUGGGGUGGAAAUAUCAUUGUUAAAUUGGACUUGUCUAAGGCUUUUGACAAACUGAAGUGGAGCUUUCUAUUUGAUGUACUCUUGAGAUUUGGUUUCUCCAACAGACUCAUCCACAUUAUUCAUAACUUGAUGAACUCUUCCAAAUACUCAGUGGUUGUCAAUGGAAAACCAUGUGGCUUCUUCAGUCAGACUAGGGGUAUUAAACAAGGGGAUCCAUUAUCUCCUUUACUCUUUAUUAUUGCAAAUGAGGCCUUCUCCAAAAACCUUAACAAGCUCAUGAAUCAUGGUGUCAUUGGAAGAUACAACUGUGGUAAUAACUCCAUUCCUAUAUCUCACUUAUCUUAUGCUGAUGACAUCAUCAUCUUUUGUAACAGCAGCUGCAAAUCACUUGUCAAUCUCAAGUUUUUCCUCAAAACUUACCAAGAAUGCUCUGGCCAGAAUAUCAACAAACAAAAAUCAAGCUUCUUUGUGGGCAAAUUUCAAAACAGCAGGAAGAUUGCAGAACUGGAAAAACGACUAGACAUGCAACAUAAAAAACUUCCUUUCACCUAUCUUGGAAUAUCAAUUGAUAAGGGCAUCACCAGAACUCAGCAUUGUAAUCAAUUGAUCACUGCUUUUGACAGAAAGCUUGGAAGCUGGCAGUUUAAGCAACUUGAUCAAGCUGGUAGACUCAUACUGAUUAAUCAUGUCUUGAAUACUCUGCCUAUAUUCUUCUUAGGCUCCAGCACCCUCCCCAAGUCAGUCCAAAACAUUCUUAAACAGAAAAUGUCCAGAUUCUGGUGGAAAAGCAAGCACCAUUGGGUUAAUUGGGAGGACAUCUGUACACCAAAAGAAGAAGGUGGUUUGGGGAUCAGAGACCUUAGCUCCUUACAAGACUCUUUCAGUUUAAAACUCUGGUGGAAUUACCACAGCAACACUAGCCUUUGGGCUAAAUUUAUGCACGCAAAAUAUGAACGAGAUGGUGAAAUGGAAGCCCAUAUUAUUGACUCCCCCGUCUGGAAGCGUAUUGUUGAAAUUGAUGAGAUUGGUGUGGUGAACACUACUGAAAAUGAGGAGGGAAUCUUGAAUUGGGAACAAACCUCUGAUAAACUCUUUAGUUUAUCUAGUGCUUAUGACAUUUGUAGAGUCUCUCGUCCUACAUGUAGAUAUUUCAUGUACAUAUGGGGGAAAGGGCAAAACCCUAAAGUUAGCAUUUUCCUCUGGAAAUUAUUCAAGAAAGCUCUGCCCAUCCCUGAGAACUUAGAGAGACUUGGUUUUCAUCUUCCCUCAGUUUGCUUCUUGUGCCACAAUGGUCCAUACACAGCAAGUCACUGUCUCUUAGAGUGUCAACAGUUUGCUUCUUGUGCCACAAUGGUCCAUACACAGCAAGUCACUGUCUCUUAGAGUGUCAACAGGUUCAACCUAUUUGGAGGCAUUUUUCAGCUAUAUUGGGCAUCAUCCAUGGUAACUUCUCUUCUAAUAACCAAUUCUUCAUGAACUGGUGGCUUAGAGGUAAUAAUACUAUUGGUGGUUU